AUGUCACAAGAGUCAAUAGCCGAUGAACAAGAAGAGAUGAUAGGGGAACAAUAUCCUCCAUUAUUAUCAACUAAUGAUGAUUUCAAAGAAUUAUGUGAUUUACUCGAUGAAGAAAGGUAUAAAAUGCGUCAAUUAGCUGAACAAUGGAAACAUUAUGGUACGAGUACAAUAAAUAAACUUUCAUCUCACAUAGUUGACUAUCAAGAAAAAUUAAAUGACCUCGAACAACGACAAACAUCAUUAUUAAAAGAAAAUGAAUCUCUUCAAUCUCUCGUUGAUCAAUUAAUGUUAACAACAAUAAAUAAUAAUACUCAAUUAGCACAUAAACAAUCUCAACAAAAUGUUUCUACACAAACAUCUAUUGAGAAACAAGAAUCUUUACUUAAUAUACCUGCAGACGAUGCACUUCAACGGCAAAUCUCACUGCAAAAUAUGUUUGAUGCUAUUAAAACUGCUGAAAUUUAUGAAUCUAUUGGAGAUAUGACUGGAGAAGAUACAUCAGAAAAAAUUAUUCUAAAACAAUUCUGUAAUGUUAUUUGGAAAUAUCUCCAAGAACGUUCAAAAUCAAAGAGUAGCUGUUUAUUAUAA